UUUGUAGCUCCGUGCGUACGAAAAGGUUCAGACAGUGUUUGAUCGAAAAUGUGGAUCGUGUUGUACGUGCUGCUGGCGCUGCCAGUGCUUUUAGUGGUCUAUCUGGAGCUGACCACGUUUCGGCGAAGGAGAGCUCUGAAUAAAUUCAGGGGGCCUAGCCGGCUGCCCAUUGUGGGAAAUGCCCAUCAGGCUGGCAAGAGUCCCACAGUGAUUCUCGACCAGGUAUUCUCGUGGUGGCAUCAGUAUGGCAACGAUAACUUCUGCUUCUGGAUUGGCUCCUACUCCAAUGUGAUCGUCACCAACAGAAAGUACUUGGAGUUUAUACUCAGCAGUCAGACGCUGAUUUCCAAGUCCGAUAUCUAUGACCUCACACAUCCAUGGCUGGGCCUGGGCCUGCUCACCAGCACGGGCAGCAAGUGGCACAAGCAUCGGAAGAUGAUCACGCCAGCCUUCCACUUCAACAUACUGCAGGACUUUCACGAAGUGAUGAACGACAACUCCACAAAGUUUAUUAAGCACCUGAAAACUGUGGCAGCUGGAGACAGCAUUUUCGACUUUCAGGACCAGGCCCAUUACUUUACUCUCGAUGUGAUUUGCGACACGGCCAUGGGAGUGUCCGUAAAUGCAAUGGAAAAUCGAAGCUCCUCAAUUGUUCAAGCAUUCAAGGACAUUUGCUACAUGAUCAACAUGAGAGCCUUCAAUCCGUUCAAGCGCAACGACCUACUCUUUCGCUUGGCUCCCGAGUACCCUGCCUAUUGCAAGACACUGAAGACCCUGCAGGACUUUACCAACGACAUAAUCGGGAAGCGCAUCAAGGCCCACAAAGAUGGUACAGUCUCGGCCAGUCAGGGUGAUGAGUUCUCGCGCAAGAAAAUGGCCUUCCUCGAUACUCUGCUCUCUUCCACGAUCGAUGGUCGUCCGCUUACGACUGAGGAGCUGUACGAAGAGGUCUCCACAUUCAUGUUCGAGGGACACGACACGACCACUUCGGGUGUGGCCUUUGCCGUUUAUUUGCUCUCCAGACACCAAGACGAGCAGUUAAAACUAUUCGAGGAACAGCGCCAGGUGAUGGGUGACUCCGGACUGAGUCGCGACGCAACCUUCCAGGAAAUCUCCCAAAUGAAAUACUUGGAUCUGUUCAUCAAGGAGGCCCAGCGCGUGUAUCCUAGUGUGCCAUUCAUCGGUCGCUUCACUGAGAAGGAUUACGUUAUUGAAGGCGACCUUGUGCCGAAGGGCACGACCCUGAACUUGGCAAUCAUUUUGCUUGGCUACAACGAGCGUGUGUUCAAGGAUCCGCACAAAUUCCGGCCCGAGCGCUUUGAGGAGCAGAAACCAGGACCGUUCGAGUAUGUGCCCUUCAGUGCAGGUCCCCGCAACUGCAUUGGCCAGAAGUUCGCUCUGCUGGAGAUCAAGACGGUGGUGUCCAAAAUUAUUCGCCACUUCCAAGUGCUGCCUGCCCUGGACGAGCUAGAGUCCAAGGAUGGGUACAUUAGUAGUACCCUGGGAUAUCGUCCGGAAGAAAGGAAGAAGCGCGACCCGCUGCGCCACAAAUAUGAUCCCAUUCUGUCUGCUGUGCUGACCCUUAAAGCCGAGAAUGGUCUGUUUAUCCGUCUCAAGGAAAGGCACUAGACUUUUAGGCUUAUACCAAUAAUAAUUAUUGUUGUUUUUAAUAUUUUGUUUUACUUAUUAUAUGAAAUGCAUGUGCUUCAGUACA